AUGUAUGUUUUACGUGAUCUCCUCGGCGGCGUGGCGGGCACGCUCGGCGACUUGGGUGCCGGCGCCGGCGCUCUCGUCUCGGGCCUCUUGCCUGGCGAUUCAACUGCACCGACGAGUUCAGCAGCGGCUGCUGAGGCUUCUGUGGCUGCAACGACGACCAGCGCUGUAACGGCAGCGCCAACCGAAACCGAAGCCGCUACGACAACUGCUGCGGCAGCGACGACAACGGCCGAGCAAAAAACAACGGCGACCGCACGGGCCCCGGCGACGACUGCUGCAUCGGGCGCUUCAGGUACUGACUCUGGGGUCACGGGCAACUCAGCCAGCGGCGGUGACGAUACGUCCGACACCGGCAACAGCAACAACGGCAGCGGCUCCAAGGAUAACAACAAUGGAAAGGGCGACGGUAACAAUACCAACAACAACAACAGCGGCAACGCUAACGCCAACGGCAACGGAAACGGCAAUGACAACGGUAAUGCCAACAACAACGGCAACGUCAGUAACAACAACAAUGAUACCGCCAAAGGCGGCGCGGCCGCGACGACGUCGACUACUAGCACCGCUGCUGCUCCGACUGCCGCGGCAACAACGUCCACGUCCGACACGGCUGCCCUGCCGACUACCAACGGCGGCGCCAUUGUUGUGACGCCGACGACAAGCCCUUCGGCCACGCCCACGUCGACGACGACCUCCUUCAUUACGAGCAACGCCGUCGUCACCGUGUCUGUCGCGCCUUCGAGCAACGCAGGCACCACCACUCUGGUCGUCGACACGACGACGACGACGCCGACCCUGUCCGGGACCGCCGAGACCGCCGCGACCCAGUUCCCCAUGUCGGCCAUCGCCGCCACGUCCACCCCGACACUGGGCCUCGCGUCCGACAGCACGUCCUCGGGCGGCGGCAUGAGCAAGCCCGCCAUGGCCCUGGCCAUUACGGCGCCCAUUGUCGGCGUGGCGCUGGCCGGCCUGGGCAUUAUGAUGUUCCGGCGGCGUGUGUCGCGGCGGCGCAACCGGGACUCGAUGCCGUACGACGAGGAGUUUGAGAGUCUCAAGAAGAAGCACGAGGAGAAGUUUGACGUGGGACACAACUAUUAA